AUGGACAUUGGAAAAGUAAUUGGUUUGGAAGAUUUUUUUUCUAAAAGAAGUAUAGAAAAAAUACAUUCAUCUAUAUAUUUGGCAAUUGAGCUUUCUGAAUUACCUACAAAAGGAGAAUGGAUAUAUGCAUUAAAUAAAACAAUGUCGCAAUAUUUUAAAUUACGUUGCAAUGUCGAAUGGGAUUUGGAAGCAGACGAUAUACAUAUGAAAUUAAUUACCGCCGAAAAUGGUACACCAAUAAAAUAUGAAGAUGUCAUUGAAUAUGUUCCCUGGAAGAAAUUAGAACAAGAUGAAAUCCAGCAAAUUUUCCAAAAUUAUCAUUUCCAUUAUGAUUCUGAACAUGUAGCUUGGAAAAUUUUAGUCUUAAAGGAAUGCAAUACAUGUGUCUUAUUAUUAACUCAUGCUUUAUAUGAUGGUAUGUCUUUAGUUAAAAUUUGGCAAUCCAUAUUACAAAAUUUAGGUAAUGGCUCUAUGGAUAAUACUGAAAUAAUAUAUGACGCUAUUGAUAAACCAGAUAAGCAAUUUACGUCACAGCAUCCCUAUGAAUUGAUCCCUACACCAUGGAGUUGGAAAGCUAAAAAAUUGCUUGUAUCUCAAUUGUUUAAAUAUGCUCCAAGUACAAUUGUAAAACCAAAUAAAAAUAUUAUUCAAUUUCCAGCUUAUAAUUUCAAAGAGGGAUUAUUUGCCAAGUCCAACCCUUCUCAAUUUGAAAGAUAUCUUAAAAAUGAUUUUUGUUUACAUAGAACUCAUAUAAAUAAUGAAAAUUUGACAAAAACAUUAAAGAUUUGUAAAGUUCAUGGAGUAUCUUUCACAUCUUAUUUAGCUGCUGUUUUAGUAAUUGCAAUGAGAAAAAUGGAUCCGUCAGCUAUAUCAGGUAAUAAUUUACAGAUUAGUAUACCCAUAAAUUCUCGAAAAUUUUGCCAAAAAUCUUUAAAUUUACAAGAUUCACAAUGUGAAGUUGGUAAUUUUAUUUCUGGAAGUACUCUUUCAUAUCUAAUUGAUACAAAUGAAGAUAUUUGGAUUGUUGCUGGAUCUUUACAAGACGACAUGGUCAGAAAUACAACUUCGUUAAUGGGGAAUACUGUUCAAGAGGCAAAACUUCUGGAAUCCAUUAGUUGUGCAGAUUUUUUAACAGCAAAAAUUUCUGAGGACUAUCCAGGACAAACUCUUGAAAUUACAAAUCUAGGGUUUCAAAAUUUUAAUAUUGAAGGUUCUAAAUAUCAUGUGAAAAGUGCUGAUUUUGCAACUCCUCAAGGAAUUUCAAACGUUGCCAUAUAUUCUGUUAUUUCCACUCCUAAUGAUGGUUUGAGAUGUAAUUUUUCAUAUCCAAAGAAUUACAAAGUCCCAUGGAAGACUAUUUAA